AUGUCUAAAAUGAGAAUCGCAGUGAUUGGUGCAGGUUUCAGUGGGCUGGUUGCGGCAUAUACUUUGGCAAAAGCAGGGGUAGAUGUGGUGUUAUACGAGGAGGACUAUCUCGGUGGUCAUGGUAACACCACCACCAUCGACGGUGUCGAUUUGGACCUGGCUUUCAUGGUCUUCAAUCGGGUUACAUAUCCCAACACGAUUGAGUUCUUUGAGAAGCUUGGAGUUGAUAUGGAGAUUUCUGAUAUGUCAUUCUCAGUGAGCUUAAAUGAAGGUCAUGGCUACGAAUGGGGCAACCGAAAUAGCUUCUCAAGUUUGUUUGCGCAAAAAGUGAACGUACUAAAUCCUUGCUUCUUGAAGAUGCUCAAGGAACUAACCAACUUCAAAGAUGAUGUUUUGAGGUACCUUGAAGAGCUUGAGCACAACCAACACAGUGGUCGCGAUGAAACAUUGUCGGAUUUCAUCCAGUCACAUGGUUAUUCCGAAUUAUUUCAAAAGGCUUAUCUUGUUCCAAUAUGCUCUUCAAUCUGGCCUUGCCCUACAGAAGGAGUUAUGAGAUUCUCUGCUACUUCUGUUCUCACAUAUUUUCGCAAUCACCAUCUAUUUCAGCUUUUCAAUGGCCCUCAAUGGCUUACUGUCAGGCACGGUUCACAUAAUUACAUUAAAAAGGUGAAAGAAGAACUGGAGUCUAGAGGCUGCCAAAUAAGAACACGUUCCGCGGUUCAGUCUGUCUCCAAAAUCGAUAAUGGUUGUUUGAUAUUCUGUGAAGAUGGUUCGCAAGAAAAGUAUCAUGGAUGCAUAAUAGACGCAGAUGCCCCAGAUACCCUUAGAAUGUUAGGAGAAGAAGCUACACAUGAAGAAAAGAGAAUACUUGGAGCUUUUAGUUAUGUUUACAGUGACAUUGUUCUACAUCAUGACAAAAAUCUAAUGCCUCGAAACCAGAGAUCAUGGAGUGCAUUGAAUAUACUUGGAACCAAGGAUAAUAAAGUAUGCUUAACAUACUGGUUAAACAUGCUUCAGAAAAUCGAUGAUGAUGAUGAUGGGCUACCUUUUCUGCUUACUCGUAAUCCAUCCCGAACACCAAAAACCACAUUGCUUAAGCAGUCAAUGGGACAACCAAUUCCAACUGUUGCAGCAUCAAAGGCUUUAGCUGAGCUUAACCACAUUCAAGGGAAGAGAGGAAUUUGGUUUUGUGGAUCAUACCAAGGUUAUGGAUUCCACGAGGAUGAAUUGAAGGCGGGUGUGGUUGUAGCAAAUGGCAUGAUUAAUCAGAGUUAUGAAUUUCUGAACAACCCCAAACAAAUGGUACCCUCUUUGAUGGAAGCCGGAGCACGAUCGCUUGUUGUUAGGUUCCUUCGAGAUUAUAUUGCUAUUGGCACUUUAAUUUUAUUGGAAGAUGGUGGCGAGACGUUCACCUUUGAAGGAACCAUACAGAAGGGCCCUUUGAAAGUUUAUAUGAAGAUUCACAAUCUCCAAUUUUACUGGAAGAUUGUAACAGAAGCUGAUAUAGGUCUUGCUGACGCAUACAUAAAUGGAGACUUCUCAUUCGUUGAUAAAACAGAAGGCCUUUUACACAUGAUUAUGAUUUUCAUUGUGAAUGGUGAUUUAAAAACAUAUGCAUCAAAGUCUAACAAAAGGGGUUGGUGGACGCCAAUGUUUUCGACAGCUAUAAUAGCAUCUGCAAAGUACUUCUAUCAUCAUGUUAUGAGGCAAAACAGUAUUACUCAAACGCGCAGAAACAUAUCUCGCCACUAUGAUUUGAGUAAUGAACUAUUCGCUCUCUUCUUGGAUGAGACGAUGACAUACUCAUGUGCAAUAUUCCAGAAUGAGGAUGAAGACUUGAAAGAAGCACAAAUGAAAAAAAUAUCUUUGUUGAUCGAAAAGGCACGAGUUGAUAAGAACCAUGAAGUUCUUGAGAUAGGCUUUGGCUGGGGAACUUUAGCUAUUGAAAUAGUCAAACAAACUGGAUGUAAAUACACAGGCAUCACUCUCUCAAAAGAGCAACUCAAAUAUGCAGAAAGGAAAGUGAAGGAAUGUGGCCUACAGGACCAAAUCAAAUUCCAACUAUGUGAUUAUAGGCAACUACCCGACACUUUGAAGUUCGAUAGAAUUAUAUCCUGUGAAGUGAUAGAACAUGUUGGCCAUGAAUACUAUGAGGAUUUUUUUAGAUGUUGUGAAUCAUUACUGGUAGAAGAUGGGAUUUUUGUACUACAGUUUAUCUCAGUCCAAGAUGGAAGGUAUGAUGAAAGCCGACGUACCCCAGGCUUUAUUAACGAAUACAUAUUUCCCGGGGGGUGCCUACCUUCGCUUAAUAGAUUAACAUCAGCCAUGGCCGCAUCAUCGAGACUCUCUGUGGAUCACGUAGAAAAGAUAGGAACACAUUAUUACCGAACACUCAGACAUUGGAAGACCAACUUCAUGAAAAACAAAAGCAAAAUCCUUUCCUUGGGCUUCAACCAAGAAUUCAUCCUCACUUGGGAAUACUACUUUGAUUAUGUUGCUGCUGGCUUUAAGAGUGAGACAAUUGGGGACUAUCAGGUUGUGUUCUCGCGGCCUGGAAAUGUUUCCACAUUACAACUGGGAGAUCCAUGCAUGGGUGUUAUUUGAGCUUGGUGAGCAUGUGUCUCUCUUGUCGAAUAUCGAGUUCUGCUUACCUUACAGAACCUAGUAACUUCUUUCAUGUGAACU